AGACCGGAAGUGGGGGCGGAGCUACUAAAGCGCCGGCUCGCGCUCAGCGGAAGUGGCUGUUGGGGGCUUUAAGGUGGCUUUAAAUUCCCGCCGUCUGGAAGGCUCUGCCCGGUCGGUUGGGGUCGGCUUCGCGCGCCGGAUGGCGGUGGACGUGAAGUCACGAGCGAAGCGUUAUGAGAAGCUGGACUUCCUCGGGGAGGGACAGUUUGCCACGGUUUACAAGGCCCGAGACAAGAACACCAACCAAAUUGUCGCCAUUAAGAAGAUUAAACUUGGACAUAGAUCAGAAGCUAAAGAUGGUAUAAACAGAACAGCUUUAAGAGAGAUAAAAUUAUUACAGGAGCUAAGCCAUCCAAAUAUAAUUGGUCUCCUUGAUGCUUUUGGGCAUAAAUCUAAUAUUAGCCUUGUCUUUGAUUUUAUGGAAACUGAUCUAGAGGUUAUAAUAAAGGAUAAUAGUCUUGUGCUGACCCCAUCACACAUCAAAGCCUACAUGUUGAUGACUCUUCAAGGGUUGGAAUAUUUACAUCAACACUGGAUUCUACAUAGGGAUCUAAAACCAAACAACUUGUUGCUAGAUGAAAAUGGUGUUCUAAAACUAGCAGAUUUUGGCCUGGCCAAAUCAUUUGGGAGCCCCAAUAGAGCUUAUACACAUCAGGUUGUAACCAGAUGGUAUCGGGCCCCUGAGUUACUCUUUGGAGCUAGAAUGUAUGGUGUAGGUGUCGACAUGUGGGCUGUUGGCUGUAUAUUAGCAGAGUUGCUUCUAAGGGUUCCUUUUUUGCCGGGAGAUUCAGACCUUGAUCAACUAACAAGAAUAUUUGAAACUUUGGGCACACCAACUGAGGAACAGUGGCCUGACAUGUGUAGUCUUCCAGAUUUCGUGACAUUUAAAAGUUUUCCUGGAAUCCCGUUACAACACAUCUUCAUUGCAGCAGGAGACGACUUGCUAGAUCUCAUACAAGGCUUAUUCUUAUUUAACCCAUGUACUCGAAUUACGGCCACACAGGCAUUGAAAACUAAAUAUUUCAGUAAUCGGCCAGGUCCAACACCUGGAUGUCAGCUGCCAAGACCAAACUGUCCCCUGGAAACUUUAAAGGAGCAGUCAAAUCCAGCUGUAGCAACAAAACGGAAGCGAACACAGGCCUUGGAACAAGAGGUGAAGCUUUAAACUUGUGCAGGAAGAACAUGGAUGGGAGAAGUGGGAAGAGCAUGCAGGGAAUUUAAGGAGAUGAAGAUCAAAACUGGAGGAUGGUACCUCAGCUGGGAAAAGGGCAUAAAAGGCAAGUAUAGAGUGCUAAAGAAUUACAUUUUUAAAAAGUUGAAUUAAUAGGAAGCAAAAAGACUAGCUUAACCAAAACCUCUAACAAAAGGAAAGCAAAGAUACUAACCAACUCUAUUAGCAUCUUAAAGACUUGCUCAGGGUUAUUCUGGUCAUCCACCUUCUUAGAACUGUUUUCUGAAGGGAGCAUCCCCAACAGUUUCUGCCCUAAGGUCUUCUUACUUCCUUGUGAUGAUAAUCCUAAAAUUGAACAUGCAAAUCCAACUGAGACAUGAAAAGAUACUUAUUAAUGUACUUCCAGGAAGAGAGGUAAGUAUGAAGCAGGGAUAAUUCAUUCGUAAAUCAGCCAGAAGGUAGUUCUCUUCGUGAGUCCAGCAUUACAGUGUAAUGGGAGAGGAACGCAGACGUUAGAGCCAGGAUGGCAAACGGAGGCUGAGAGGGUGGGUGCACAGCGUGAGGACCCAGGGCAGUGCCCUGCCGGCCACUCUGUCUCAUCAAGCAGCUGCUCCCCAGAACAGCACGAAGCCCACGUUAUCAUUUCAGUCUUCAGAGGAGGCAGCAAUCCAGUUACGUAUGGGAAGUCUCCCAGUGUUGAAUGUCAUUUGUUAUUUGAGAGCACAGUGCACAGCCAAUAAAAACAUGGCCUCAGAACUAUGCAAAUUCUUCAGAGACCUGGACUUGAAUCCUCAUUUAACUGCGUACUAAAUGAUGUUGGAUAAGGUCUCUGAGCUUUGUUUCCUCACCUCUAGAAUGAGAAUAAUAGCACCUAUACUUCAGGAUUGCUGUGUCAUUAAAUAACAAGAGCACAGCGGGUGGGGGUGGGGAGGAGUUGCUGGGAGAAGGGAAUUUACCCAUUAAACGGUCUGGGAAGAUGAAAAGAAAUGUUCUAGAGAUGAAGGGUCAUGAUGGUUAGAAAACAAUGUGGAUGUAGUUAAUGUUAUUUAAAAAUGGUUAAGAUGGUAAAUUUUAUUUGUAUUUUGUUACAAAAACAUAGCACAGUUGUGAAAACUAGCCCAGGUACCGAUACGUUUAAAAAUCCAUAUCCUGAAAUGUAUACACUGACGAUGUUCUUCAUAGAAAAACUGCAGAUUUAAACAAACAUCAAGAAUGCCUUUGGAAUGCUCCACAAAUGGUCUUAUGGAAAACUGAGAACAGAUAAGAGACCUCUCCCUUUCCCCCUAAUUCUGAUAAACCACAGGGACUGGCGCUCACUCGUGACCUCCUCCAGCAACUGUGGCAAAAGGAGAAAAGCCAGACAAGCUGUGCUCAUCAGCUUUGAUGAGUGGAUGAAUCUGUGUCUCUGUGUGCAGUGUCUCUGUGUGCAGUGUAGAAAAAGAAAUAUGCUUAUAACCUCUCUCAGAACUCCUCUAGGCUGCGUAUCAGUGAGAAAAGUUGAUGCCGCCUUCACAUAUUAACCACAUAGAAGAAAAUGACCUGUGACAGUCCUCCUGUUCCUCUUCAGAUCAUUGAACCACAUGAAUAAAAUCAGUCUCAUCACUAGGAAACUGACCAAAAAGCCGUUGACGCUUGUAUGGACUUGGAAAGGCCUUUCCCAGAGGAAUCAGUUACUAGGACUUCUGCUUCCAGUUUCUUCAGGGCCGUAAUGGAAAACAGAUCGAGAGCUUUACAUAUCAAAGUGUAUUUUUUAUGGAAAAGUUCUUAAGGUUCCUAUCAGCUAAGGCAGGAGUUCUGGAAUAUGAAAUGAAUACAUACUCAGGUACUGAAAUGUCUAUGAAUCUACAUGAAUCCACCUCUUAGGGAAAACCCAGCUAUUUUUCUACCAACCACUACCCUUGUGGCAAACUUCCAUGCACAGGGGGUGGGGGUGGGGGUCCUUCUGUACAGGUGACAAUGGAGCAGACUCCCUAAGAUUAAGCAUGCCUUUUCCUUCCUUUUCAUUCUCCCAUAAUGCUUUUCCUUAACUUCUGUCAAAACAAGCAGUUAAGAUCAGAUUUCCAAAGGGAUUUUUCACCUUCUAUCACAGAACACCAAGGCUAGCCUCAAAACGACGAUACCUUUGAAAAUUUAGCAAUCCAGCUCCUACUAGUUUAGAAGAGGUGCCCACAGGCACCUGGGCAGCUAAGUUGGUUAAGUGUCUGCCUUCAGUUCAGGUCACCAUCCUGGAGUCCUGGGAUCGAGCCCCACACUGGGCUCCCUGCUCAGAGGGAGCUCUCGCUCUCAAAUCAAUAAAUCUUUAAAAAAAAAAAAAAAGUUGCCCGAAGAUGACCUACACAUUUGUUGUCCUUAACAGGACUAGAUACUCUUCCAUCGAUUCCAAAAA